AUGGCGACCGAAGUGGAUCCGAGGAAAUUCGGUGCGAGAGACAGUUUGGUUCGUCAAGCCAGCAUUGACCGCGUACAAAACGAGGGAUUGAAACGCUCAAAUACGUUGAAACACCGUAAAGAUCUCGAGCAAGCGCUCCAAGCAGGCGGAAUUCUACAGCAGUUGAAUGACGAGGGAAUUGAAUUAAUAUGGUCAAGCAAAGACGACGCGUCGAUGAUUUUCACGGCAAUUCUUACCAGCCAACGUGAGUUGAGGUCAUCUACCGAGUUCCUUUGCGCCGUUGCUUCAACAUUCCACGCAUGCGGAGUGCACAUUCGACAUAUUGAAUCACGACUCGGAAUCAACGAAAAAGCGAACAAUUCCGAUGAAUCCAACGCAAAAACGACAACUAACAACGGCAACACGCUUGAACUCCUCGUUGAAUGUGACUGCAAAAAGGAGGCGUUUAUCGAUGCAGUUUCAAAGCUCACUGCAGAAAAUCAGCUCACUAAACUGAAACUAUUCAAAAAUGCCAAGAACAACAUCAAUGUUAUGCGUGAUCAGGAGAUGCCGGGAAGCACUGUUGCGUUACAAGCCACAUUCACCUUUCGUACUUCUGUAUGGUUCCCAGUGCAUGUGGCUGAGCUAGACAAAUGCUUCCACUGUGUGAUCAAAUACGAACCUACAACGGAUCCCAGACAUCCGGGAUAUGGUGAUAAGGAGUAUAUAGAACGACGAGCGAAACUGAACGAUGUUGCCAGAGUUUACAAAUAG